ACUGGAUUUAAGCAAAUUAGGAGUUACUGUAUUGCUUUCCAUCUCCUGUUCAGACACAUUGUAUGUAGAUUGUAUUUAAAUAUCUGUAAUAUUCAUUCCUGUACUAUCCGACAUUUAUUAAAGGGGGUAAAAAAACAGACCGCCUUUUUUUUUCUUGUUUGUUCCCCUUUUUAUUGGUCAACUUAUUAUCUUGCGUGCUUUUGGAAGCCAUUAUGGGAUAAGCCAAUUACAAUAAAUAGCGGUAUAUGCGGCCUCAGGAGGUGUGUCCAAUCUGCAAAAGGCGACUAGUUUAAGCAAUAAGCCAAAUCUCCAUUUCAGGGUGGGACAAAAUAUCCUUUUAAUACUCAAUUAGCAAAUGCGUGCCAGUAAAUCUGAUUCUCCUUAUUUAUAAAAAAAAAAAAAAGAUUGAUUGUAAUUAAUUCCUUUAGGAAACCCAGCUGUUUCCUUUCUUCCUUUUUUUUUUUUUCCCCCUUUUUCUCUCCUUUAGAGUGAUGUAUUCAUUGAUUCCUCGUAAGCCUUAAACACAGUCCCAAUAUAACGCCACAAGCUUUAGUUGGCUAUUACCUUGUUGUAGCAAGGGUAUCAGCGUGUCAAAGACUCAGUUUUCCAAGUUUCAGAUUAAUUACUUUAUUAGGUGUCUUUAUCUUCUGGACAUUUGCAGCCAGUCUCCUAAGCUCCAAUCUUUAUUGCAGUGUUACUGCUAAUGGCUUCUGCAACAGUCUUUCCAAUAAAUGUCUGGCGUCCAUACUCCUCUUUCCUCUGCUUCCGGCUUCCCCGCGCUUCCUUCUUGCAGGUUUACAGCACAGGUCAACUUUGUUAUGUAACUCUCAAUCUUCGUCCUUUCUCACCGCUCACACACUCUCGUCUCCCACCUCUCCUCUCCUAUCCCACGUGGUAGCGUAUCGCAUCCACUCCCAGCGUGCACGUAUGCUAGCCUACUUCAUCACCUUCUGCGCCAUUUACAACUUUCACCUAUUUUGAUGGGUUUCAUUCUGUUUCUUGUCACUCAUGUAGCUGAUAGGUCAGCUAUGUAUGCAGUCACUGUGGGCCCCAAAGGAUGGCUGGCAUCCAACAAUGUUUAAUUUGCACGUUCAUAUGAUGAGUUAUGGAAUGCCAUCGCGUCAUUGGAUGCAGGGUGGAUGCAUUUGUAACCUCCAAGUCAGUAGUCUAUAUUGCUGCUUUGAUGGCAUUGCAAUACAUUUAAAAAAAGUACAUGUUCAUCUAUACAUUUGCCACCUUUUUGGCUCACAAACACUUUACAUGAGAUUUUAUUUUCUUUGAGCAAUAUUUUUCAUGUUGUGCACUUUAAAGAUGUUUCAGUCACGUAUUUGGCUAGCACAGUUGUUAAAAUGCCAUGUAACCAAUGUAUCAUAUUUACAAGGGAAAUAAAUUUUUUUGAUGAUAAUGCUAUUUUGCAGCCACAUAUAACUUUACAAGGCACUUUCUACAAUAUCUGUAUUAACAACAUUAAUGAACUUCUUUGUUACAGACCCCCAAUUGCAGAACACAUUACUGAAGAAUUCCGCCAACGAGUACCGUUCUCGAUUUUCACUACAAAUCCCUGCAGGUACCUGUUUUGCAAAGCUGUAUAUUAUAAAUAAGUAUUUUAGCAUGUGCUUACUGGACUAUGAAUGUGAAUUUGCUUUUCAACAUUUAUACGGACACAGGUUAUCUUUCCCUGUUGGAUGCCAGGAAUCUCUUGGUGUUUGUGGUGAACCAUUAUUCCCUCUGGAAGUGCACCACCUUUUGUUUUCAAACAAGACCGGUAUUCAUUUAAUCACAAUCUUGUAUUUAAAAGAAAAAAAGCACUUCGACAUUGUUGACUAUACAAGACAUCUUAAACAUGAAAAUUAUUUGCCUGCAAAGACCAGUUGGAGUUAUAUUGUGACAUGACAUUUGCAGGAAAAAUAUAUCCUAUGCUGAUAUUUUUUUUUCUUUCUUAAUCUCUUCUCAGAAUCCAAUAUUGUACCCACGAAAUAGUUGUGCUUCGGGAAGAUUUAGUAAAUAAAAUGUGUAGGAAUUGUGUUCGUUUUCCUAGCAGCAGUCUGGAUAUCCCUAGCCACGUAAGUCAGUUUUAACGUGCUUAAAAUGUAUUUAUUUUUAUGUAUUUAAAAAAAAAAGUAUGCUAUCCUAUAGGAUUAUUUUUUUUCUUCUUCAGUUUGUCAAAACCAUCCUGUCGCAAGGACACCUGACGCCCCUCCCGCUGUGUGUCAGCCCUGUGUAUUGGGCUUAUGAUUAUGCUCUGCGUUUGUAUCCUCUGCCUGAUUUGGUGGUCAUUGCAGACAAGUGCGAUCCAUUCACCAUCACGAACACAGAAUGCCUGACUAUGAACCCUGUAAGAUUUCCCUGGGAGUUGUCGGUAUUAAAACUGUAUAUUUGUGGGGUUUUUAAAAAAUUUAAUUUUUUUGUGAGGAGGAAAGUUAGAAUUGGUAUUUUGGCCCCUAAUGUUUCUCUUUAAAUAUUAAAAAAGCAUUAACCUGCUCUGGUGAUUAACCGUGGUUUAUGUAGUGAAUCCCAUUUUGUUUUAGAAAAUUAUAGAAAAAGCUUCUCAUGAAUGGAUUUUAUAUUUAGAUAAUAUUUAUUUACCUUCUAUUUCUUCCACAGGGUUCAUUUCCGAGAAGUGGAUUUUCAUUCAAGGUCUACUAUCCCUCCAGCAAAACUGCUGAAGACAGGUAACUGAUGUGGCUGUAUUGUCUGUAUAUUUUAGUUUAUAAAGGGACAUUUUAGAGUUCCUGGGCAAGCCUCAAUUCUAUUCAAUAGAUGGACAGUGGGAUGUAGUGGUUAUGGUUCUUGGCAUGUUCUUUUAACAUAGUGUACAAAUUCAUUGCACAAAUUGUUUGUGUUUUUCAUUUCAGCAAACUGCAGAAUGUUUGA